AAAUAUCAAACCAUCAUGAAUGACUACAUUCACAAUCCAAAUUCUCUAUUCGCUCCAUUUCAUUUUCAACCAAGAAUACCUGAACAACGCAUCCCUAAUCUUCGUAUCUAUUCAAUGGAUUCCACCGCCGCAGCAACAACCAAGAAGGGAGGCAGAGGAAAGCCUAAGGCUAACAAAUCGGUUUCAAGGUCUUCGAAGGCCGGUCUCCAAUUCCCUGUCGGUCGAAUCGCUCGAUUCCUCAAGAAAGGCCGAUACGCUCAGCGAGUCGGCUCUGGAUCACCAGUUUACCUCUCCGCCGUUCUAGAAUACCUUGCUGCUGAGUUAUUGGAGUUGGCCGGAAACGCUGCUAGGGACAACAAGAAGAGCAGAAUCAUUCCGAGGCACAUUCAGUUGGCUGUGAGGAACGAUGAAGAGUUGAGCAAGCUUUUGGGUGCGGUGACCAUCGCGAACGGAGGUGUUCUGCCUAACAUCCACCAGACUUUGUUGCCGAAGAAAGUCGGAAAAGGGAAAGACGAGAUUGGAUCUGCGUCUCAGGAGUUUUAGAUUUUAUGAUUUCUUGUUCUAUAGUAUAGAAAUUGAAAAAAGAUGUUAGAUUUUUGGAUCUUCAAAGUUCAAACUUUUAUUUUGAUGUGUUUUGAUUAGGUCAUCAAUAGUAUCCUAAUGAAGUAGGAUGUUUAGAUUUGUAAAGGCUCAUCUUUCUAUGGAUUGCUUCUCUCUAUUUCCCAUCAUUGUUUCGCUUAUGAUCAAUUGCUUUGAAAAUAGAUAUGUAUUGAUCCA